AUGUGCCUUUCAGAAUUAUCUCGACUUAGCUUGGAGGAAGUGGACAGUGUGAGUGAGGUAGGUGCCUUACCACUGCCUACUUGGACUGGCGGCAAUAACACCACCAGUACUACUGUAACAGGUCAGGCCUCUCGGAUCGGUGGUGUCCCGAGUGGAAUGCACAACGGUGUCGGGUUCUGUGAUUCCGUAGUAACUUCACCUCCACCGCCACUCUCUUCUGUCCUACUAGCCCAAAGUGGCUUUGAAUUGAAUGGAUUAAACAAUGCAAACGCUAUUAGCGUCAGUAGUGGCUGUAGCGCCACUUCUGCUGGAGUUGUUAGUGGAUCCUUGGGCGGAGUUGGUUCCAGUAGUCAAUAUAGCAGCUUACCUCCACUCUAUCUGCCUGCAAGCAGCAGCCCGAUAUCAGGCACCGGGAUUGGAGUUGUUUUGCCUAGCGGCGGCUCCAAUUUGGUCGGAGUUUCUUCUGGUGGACUUGUUCAGCCGGCUUCACAUCUAGCAUUGCACAAGCAUCAGCACCAGCAAUUCUAUCACCAUCAUCAACAACAACUUCAACCGGCGCCUCUUUCCCAGCUCCAACAUCUUCACUCUCAUGGCCAGUUAGUAGGUCCCGGACCAGGUCUUGUUUUGCGCAUGAAUGGGGGACGUAGCGAGACAGGAUUUUCGACCAGCUCGACUUCGAGCAGUAGUAGCCCCCGUGCUGCCUCAUCAACUGGCAAACCAGGUAGCUCAGAAGGAUGUCUUCCAAUCGCGUCUCUUUCUACAACCACAGCAGCCCAACUCGGACAUCACCAACAGUUGCAACACUUGACCUUAAAUUCCAACCCUGCUGUCUCUACCGCCGGUAUUAAUCCUGGACAAGUCGGAUUUGAAAUACGCUCUCAUAAGUUAAACGGAUUUCAGAAUCUAAUUGCAGCCGAGACUAAAUCUGGUGCUACCUUACCAUCGAUUGUCCCUCAAAGAGGUGUUGGGUCUCCAGCUUCCCAAUCAAACUCCUCCGGUUCCUCAUCGUCAUCAUCGACUGCGUCAUCAUCAUCAUCCGCUAAUGCUGCUGCCGUGUUUAAUGAAUCCAGCGCCAUAGGCGAUGUUGAUCUCGAACACUGCAACGGUUUUGCCACUUUUCACCCUCAACCACAACAAACCCAACAUCAAGCGAUUGGUCAUUUCGUGAUAUCUCAGACACAACCAUUGCAACGAUCACAACCACCGCCUCCGCCCCCACCUCGUAUCUCUACAGCAAACCAGCCUCCUGGACAGUCGAAGCCUCCACAACUUCUGCUGCCGACUUGA